UUGCUGUCGCUGCUGCUUGGAGACGGGAAGCUGCGGCCUGAGGCGGGAGAUAAGGAAAAAAAGAACUCCAUGGAGCUGGGACAUGACAAGAGCAAACCACGGUCAAGGAGGCCAGACAAAGCUCUGUACGUUCCCAGAGCUCGACGACAUUUGGGAGCAGAUCCGCAGGCAGAGUGUGAUCCCAAACCAGAAGGGCAAGGAACUCCCGUGGACAGAAAGGCUAUCACGCGCGUGACAACAGAUGUAACAGCCAAGAGUGAGGCAAGUGCAAGUGUAAAGACAUUCUCUCGCAAUGAUUUGGGCGACCGGCGUGAGCUAAUCUCCGCAGACACCAACUCGCCCAAGCAGGACGAUGCUAAGGGCGAUGCGUGCAGAAACAAAGACUUGGAGCUGACAUUGAAUUUAGAGGAAGGGAGACAAAUAGGGAGCUCUGAACAAGAGAGGAUAUCAGAUGUCGGACACAGAUUGGAAUCAAAGCAGCCAAAGGAUAAAACGUCAACGCAGCAAAGGAGGGUAGGAUCAAUCACUGGUAAAGAACGCAGUAGAGAGAAAGAAUCAAGACACAAAGAUGCAAUGUCAGAAAAACACGAUGAUGCACCAGCACACUAUUUACUUAAAGUUACUCGUUUGAAAGCUGAGAACAAUAAAGAAGUCAUGAAAUCCAAGUAUACAGAAAUCCAAACCCAACCCCAGCAGCAUGUAACAGAUGCCUACAACGAUGAGCAGAGCAGUAAUCAACCAAAUACAGUCAAUUCAACAGUGAGAGAAGUUGAGACUAAUGUGAACAAAUCUCUGCCUACAGAUGCUGCUUCCUUGUCGAGCAGAAGGUGUGAUUCUGACACUUUUUCCUCAGCUAAAUGAACUGGUAUCCUCUAACCUAGCCAGCUGUGAAUGUUCAGAGGCAGAGCGAUGUACAAUAUCAGACUGCUCAAAUGGGGUAAAUGAGUCAGAGCAGAUGGUGAAGAGCUGUGGACAAUAUGCAUGCACAGGAGCAUCUGAAGUAAAUAGUUCUUAUAACAUCUCCGUUGAAGUGAAUAAUUCGACAGAGCAUGAAACUAGGACUGAUAAUGACUCUUUUUCGCAAGUUCUAACAGAGAGCAUUGUAGCUCUGCCUGCCUCAUUUGAAAACAUGGCUUGCUCAGAUUCCCCAAAUUCCACAAUUAUUAACUUGUCAGCUGUACAAGAAGUAGAACAAAGAACAGAAGAGACCGGGCACUUGAAAGGUGGUAGCAGCAUCACAGUGGACUCGGCAGACAGUGAGCCUGUCAGUGCAGAUGUGAAUGCUGAAACUGGUGCUUUGCAAAGUGUUGCCAAGAUCUCACUGAAUUUGGCCCGACUAACAACUCCUGGUGCGGGGGAAUCGGAGUGCGCCGACAGACCUCUUCCUGAAGAAGCAGAGGACGACUCUUGGGAUGCCCUUUUCAAUGAUGAUGGAGAUUGCCUGAACCCUCAUCUCCUGGAAGAGUUAACCGCGAAGAGAAAGUCUAAGAAGACUAUUCAAGAUCCUCCCUUCAAUUACUACAACUACCAACCGGCUGAGCAAGAAAUUGAUGAUUCUGAAUUUUCCCACAUUGUUGAGAUCUAUGAUUUUCCUACAGAAUUUAAGACAGAAGAUUUGCUGCGAGCUUUCUCCAGUUAUCAGAAAAAAGGAUUCGAUAUCAAAUGGGUGGAUGACACGCAUGCAUUGGGUUUAUUUUCAAGUGCAAUUGCAGCUCGAGACGCCAUCAGUACCAAGCAUCCCAUGUUGAAGACUCGACCUUUGUCACAAGCAUCUAGAUCAUCGAAGGUUAAGGCCAGAAGCUGUGCAGAAUUUCUCCUUCCGGCAAAGGAGAGGCCUCAGACAAGUGCCGUGCUUGCUCGAAGGCUGGUCAUUGGAGCCCUGGGAGUAAAAAGCAAUCAAACUAAGGCAGAGCGAGAGGCAGAGCGGCAAAAGCUGAAGGAAGCUCGAGAGCAGAAGCUACUGGCCGCACAGCAAGUGGAGGCGGCCUGGGAAGGCAAAUAGCCCGGAAACACGAGGAGACCCCCACCAAAGGCCAGCCGCAGACACAGGUGGGGAGCCUGUUCCACCAGAUGAAAACAAACCCCUCGGCAUACCUUUGGCUGCGGGUUAAAGUGCCGGAUGGGAUGGAAACUGUGCGCGGCACACCUCGAUUUGUACGCACAGACCCGUCCAGGGAACUCUCUGCAAGUUGUAUACCAAAUGUGUUCACAAUGCAAUAUCAGUCGCUGAACUGCUGGGUGAUAAAGAUCCACUUUAAUCCAAAGCUAUUAUUUUCCCCGUAAUUUAUGCAGUGGCAACUGCGGGUGUUUAAAAGUUGGAUUCCAGCUAACUGCAGGCUUCAUUUGUUUCCUGAGUACCCGAAACAGUAAUUACACAGAACACAGAUUUUUAAAUCAAUUAACUGGAAUUAUUUAAGGAGCGGUUUUUUGGAAGCUUGGAUCACACAGUCUGUUUCUGGAUGGAAGCGACAACUGCCUACUCGCAAUAAUCCUGCAACACUUGCACUGUUUCGCUGCCUUACUGCCUCUGUGGUGUGUUGACAAGGGGAUGCGUGUGUACGUCGGUGCUCCGAAUAUUUCCUCCGUUUCUUUUCACCCAACCUGAGAUACUCCAGCACUUUGCGUUUUUUUUUAAGUAAACCAGUAUCUGCA